AUGAUCGCAGAUGGUGCGACCUCGGACUACCAAUCCAGUUGCGGUCAAGAUCAGUACGAUGAAGAUUUUGAAGAAGAAGAAGGUGUAGAUGUAGAUGACGAGGAUGAACAAGAUAACGGUCAAGAUCAGUACGAUGAAGAUUUUAAAGAAGAAGGUGUAGAUGUUGAUGACGAGGAUGAACAAGAGUACGACGAGGAACGAAGCUCCGACACCAAGACAGAGACAGAGUGGUUCCCAUUCGAUUCAAAAACCCACUUUCUCCUCACUUCAUUAUACAGUUCUAAAACCCACCGAGUUGCUGAUGACAUGGAAAGACAUGGCCACUUACUGCAUUAUACAGAGGACAGUUUUGAAAAAAACCAUAAGACAAUAAAAAGCAGUAUCUCGCACCAAAAUGGCCAUGCCAGGUCAAGGGAUACAGCCAGUCAGUUUGCCAACAAUGAGUUGAUGUCACAUGUCAUUGUUGGAGGAUUUUUGCAAAAUUCUAAGAAAUGGUAA